AUGUCCACAACCACACUCGAUGCCGCUACCCUAGAGAGCGGGAAGAACAGCCCUUUGGAAAUCAAUGACAAGACUCCAGAACUACGGGAAGGCGGCACACGGGCUUGGCUGACGGUGGCCGGCUCUUCAGCUGCUUUGUUUGUCACAUUUGGAUGGGUCAAUUGUAUCGGGUUGUUUCAAGCGCAAUACGAGAUGGUUCAGUUGAAAGAAUACUCGAGCUCCGUCAUCUCGUGGAUCCCCUCGGUAGAGUUCUUUUGCAUGCUUUUCUUCUCACCCGUCGGCGGAAGGCUAUUCGAUAACUAUGGCCCCCGGGUUCCAAUCCUCAUCGGGUCCUUCAUGCACGUCUUUGGCUUGAUGAUGCUCAGCAUCUCGAGCGAGUACUACCAAAUCAUGCUGAGCCAGUCCAUCUGUUCCGGAAUCGGAUCCUCCCUAGUUUUCUCUCCAGCUCUCACUGCUGCUCAAACAUACUUCCAGAAGAAGCGAGGGAUCGCCCUGGGUCUCGUAGUCGCAGGCUCCUCCAUCGGGGGUGUUGUCUUUCCGCAAAUGGUCCAGCACCUGAUGCCCAGCGUGGGAUUCGGCUGGGCGGUUCGCACCUGUGCGUUCCUGAUCAUGGGGAUGCUGAUCUUUGCCAACGUGACCAUCACGUCCAACUGGGAGCACAAGCCGCAGACCUUUGACAUCAUGUCCUACGUGCGGCCCGUUGGCGAGGCGAAUUUCUGUAUUAUGGCCGCUUCUUGCUUCUUCCUCUACUGGGGCAUGUUUGUGCCGUUCAACUACAUUGUGACUGAGGCGAUCCACUACGGGAUGAAGCAGUCCUUGGCAAUUUCUCUCGUCCCCAUCAUGAACGGGGCAAGCUUCUUUGGGCGGACGGUACCCAACUACGUGGCUGACAAAGUUGGCCGCUUCAAUGUCAUGAUUGUGAUGGUAUUUCUCUCAGCUGUCGUGGUCCUAGGCCUAUGGCUCCCCGGCCGAGGUGACGGUGCGCUAAUCGCCUUUGCCGUUCUCUUUGGUAUCACUUCCGGCGCUGGCAUUGGCCUGGGUCCAGUACUCAUCACCAACAUCUCGCCUCCUGAGGAGCUUGGUUUCAGAAUGGGCACCAUCCUGUCUAUUGCAGCGAUUGGCACACUGACCAGCCCUCCAAUCGCGGGAGCAAUUGUGACAGAUGACGGAGGUAGCUACAGGUACGCCGCGGUGUUUGCCGGGGUGAACUUUCUCAUUGCGGGCCUUGGGAUUGGGCUGCUCCGCGCGCGACUGGAGGGGUGGAAAAUAAAUGCAAAGAUCUAG